UGCUGAUAGAAUUGUUUAGUCUGCAGUUAUCCUUUGGGAGAGAUUGAAGUAUUCAGUUGCCAUGGCAAAUACAUCCAUCAUCUUCUUGUUGACUUUACUUUUAGGAAUGGCACAAGGACAGCAACAGCAGAAAAAUGGCCAUAACAUUACAAACGGUAUCAACCCAAGAACUUUCCAGGGUCAUGCCAUCCCCAUUCAGCUUCCUCUCCCUCCAAAUUCAACAGAAAUGCAAACACACUCCUUUGGAGCUGUUGCUCCAGCACUUGUACUGUUGACCAACAGCAGCGCCUCAUACCUCAGGAGUUCACUGAGUACACGAGCCAUCCCGUCAACCUAUGUGGUGGCAAUUGUCAUUGGAGUCCCUGCCAACGUUGCCAUUUUGGUCUCAAUUGGCACUAAAGUACGUGUGGUAUCAGUGGCCAUCUUGUGCUGUAGCCUGGCAGCUUCAGACCUUCUUCUCUUGCUCAGCCUGCUGCUCAAGGUGCAUUAUCACUUUUCGAGCAACAACUGGAUGUUUGGUGAGGCUGCUUGCCGUUUCAUCACUGCUUGCUUUUAUGGCAACUUGUAUUGCUCAGCUCACACAUUAGCAUGUGUGAGCAUCAAGCGCUACCUAGCUGUGGUGCACCCCUUUUUUUACAAAAGCCUUCCCAAGCGCUCCUGCACGGCCUGGACUAGUUUAGGUGUGUGGCUUGUGUUUUCAUUGGCAAUGUUGCCCAAUCUUCUAGUUCGUCAGACCUACCACAUCCCUCAGCUGGGAAUCACCACAUGCCAUGAUGUCCUUCCUGCAGAUGUUGGUGCUUACAACUUCCUAGUGUAUUAUAACAUAGGGUUAACAUUAUUAGGCUUCCUGCUUCCCCUUCUUGUGACUGCAGCAUGUUUUGCCUCAAUUGUAUGGCAUUUAAACCGUUCACACCAUGACUGGAGUGUCUACAUCAAGGCCAGCACAUUAGUCUUUCUCAUCUUCGUCAUUUGUUUCAGCCCAAGCAGCUGCAUACACUUCCUACACUAUGUAAACAUAUACACGAGUGCAAACGACAAUUUCUACACUUACUUUAAUGUAGUGGUCUGUCUCUGUUGCCUUCACUGCUGUUUGGACCCAUUUCUGUUUGUGCUCAUGUCCAGGACAACAGGCUCCAGGCUUUAUUUUAUGACACGCAAGGGAAACUUGCACAGCAUUUCCACUUAAAUUUGGCUAUUUGUCGAGACUAAUCUUCCUUUAUUGAAAUUGUAAAUGCAGUCUGAGUCGUGCAUUUAGAGUAAACUGCAGAGAAGCUAUGUUCUAAAUUUGGGAGAAGCUCAUUUCUGGGCCAGAAAAAUGAAACUAGCAAGAUCCAUUGCAUGUCAAUAUCACAAUGGUAUCCUUGAUGUUUUUUGAUCAUUUUAUGUUUAGAAAUUCUUUCAAAUAUCAGAACCAGCAUGGAAAAACUGUGUGCUAAUCCCAAAUAAAAUAUGCAUUGUGUAUUUGUGUCAAUAAACAAAUUUGGAUA